CUGUCAGUCAGUUCGCAUACCUAUUUAUUUACUUCGAGUAAUUUUAACCUAAAUUUUCUUCAAAUUAUCAUUUAAAAUCAAGAUAUUAAAGUAUUAAAAUGGCAAGUAGCAGACUGGAAAGAAUAGGUACAAUUUUCACAAGAGUGGAGGGCCUGAUUACCCGCGGAGCCAUGAAGCCAGACGACCGACCGCUGUGGUUCGACAUUUACAAGCGGUUCCCGCCGCUCACAGAACCCAAAUUUGCAAAGCCGUUGCCGGAAAUCAAACCCAUAAGACCUAUUCUUUAUGAAGAAGAUGUUGUUAGAGCGAAAUUUCAUUCUGCCGGACAAGGCUACGGCGUCAUCAACAUGCUAAGUCCAACCGGAGAAACGCCUAUAAAGAAGCUAGUGAAACAAUACGAAAAGUUGAAGUCUGAAGGCGUCCCAGAAACCGAGCUCGUUGAGAAGGCGUCCGCGGCAGUGGACACGCAAUAUACCCAGCGACAAGAGGCCGCGCCGCAAAAACCGAUAGUUAAAAACCCAGAUUCAGUAACAGCGCAAGUUCUGGCAGAAGCAGACUUGAAAAAUAUUUUCAAUGAGAAAUGAUUUAUUUUACUAUAGGAAAUAGACUAGAUACUUGUAUUAUUGUUAGAAAUAAAUAAUUAACCGUAAUGUU